GAUAUGUUAAUGUCUUCUGAUAAAGAAAAGGACCCAGAUGUUAUUCCUGAAGACAGCAGUCUGCUAACUCUUCGAAUUAGAAAGAAGGCUUUAGAGAAGAGAGAAGAAACAAUUAUUGUGGAUCGGGCUUGCAGACAAGAAACUCUUGCUUAUGAGAUGGAGUCACAUGCAAUUGGAAAGAGGCCAGACAAUCCAACAGAUCUAGUUGAGGAGGGAGAACUACUUUUAACUCUGAACGUCUUCUAUCCUGUCAUAUUUCAGAAGCAUAAAGAUCACAAACCCUAUCAGACAGUCCUUGUACUGGGCAGCCAGAAGCUCACCGAGCUGAGAGAUUCGAUUUCCUGUGUCAGUGACCUUCAGAUAGGUGGUGAGUUCAGCAGUCAGCCAGAUCAAGCACCAGAGCACAUCAGCAAGGAUCUCUACAAAUCUGCUUUCUUUUAUUUUGAAGGCAUCUUUUAUAAUGAUAAAAGAUACCCAGAGUGCAGAGAUCUGAGCAGAACAAUCAUUGAGUGGUCAGAAUCUCAUGACAGAGGCUAUGGAAAUCUUCAGUCUGUUAAAAUGGAGGACUACACAUUUAAUGAUUUGUCCCUCAAAAUUGGCUUUCCAUACCUUUUCUGCCACCAAGGGAACUGUGAGCACAUCAUUAUCAUCACAGAUAUAAGGCUCAUUCAUCAUGAUGACUGCCUGGACAGGAACCUCUAUCCCUUACUAAUCAAGAAACACUGGUUAUGUACCAGAAAAUGCUUUGUGUGCAAAAUGUAUACAGCCAGGUGGGUAACCAACAAAGACAGUCUGGCACCAGAGGAUCCUUGUUUCUUCUGUGAUGUUUGUUUUCGGAUGCUCCAUUACGAUGUGGAAGGCAAUAAACUGGGGGAGUUUCUUGCAUAUCCUUAUGUCGAUCCUGGGAUUUUCAACUGAAACUGACAUGAGCCAGCAUGAAUUCAGUGAACUACAUUGGUGAAUCUGUUGUUCUGGCUGUUAAAACCACCAAACAGCUUGAGUUUUGAGUGUAUUGCUGGGUUUUGGGUUAGGCUUUUAAUCUUCUUCCCUGAGGUGGAAGGAGCCCUUUGCGCUUGAAGUCUUUCUGGUGUACUUUUCUGAGUAAGGAAGUAUGAAUUUAAAAGAUAACUUAUCAUGGAAAAAUAUGCUCAGACAUCUACAUUUUAAUCAGUUACAUUUUUAAUACACUUUGACAACAAUACAGUAGUUUGGAGACUAUGGACUCUAAGAAUAUGGAUGUUUAAAGAGAGUAUACCUUGCAAGAGCAGCUGUGAUUUGAGAUGUUCUGUGCAUCCCAGGCUCUGUUAACCUCAAAGGAUGAGAACAUGGUCUUCGGGCAUUCUACCUUGAAAACCGUGGCAGUUGUCAUCGCUGAACAAGGGUGGAUAGCACGGAAUUUGCGGGGAGGAGAAUGCUUUCUGAGAGAGAAGCUCAGAGUGCUUGUUAACUUCUAAGGUCUUUCCUGCAAACAGGGAGGUGCUUGCGUCUGUGAACUACUGCUGUCCUUGUGUUCUGACUCUGAGGAUUGAUUCUGUGAAGAGUAAACUACAUUUCACCGAUUACUGAAUUGUAGCCUACCUUUCAAGUGACUUUGUUAACUGUUUACAGUGCAUGUAGUUUUAAUGGUUCCUAAAGUUGUGUUCGUUGUGCAUUUCUUCUUUUAGUAUCAUUCUUUUAUUUUAAGUAUUGUUGGUUUUUAUUAAAAUGUGACCAGUUUGUACUCGCUAGUCUGAUGUUAAGUUGAAACGCUGCUUGCCAAAACAGAAUAUACUUAUCUAGUGCUUUGCUUUUUAAAGUCAUCUGGAAUUCAGAGGAUUUUAGUGGAGGACUUUGCUGUUUAGGAAAGCUAGUAGCACUAACUGCUUUUCUUUUGAAAGCUUCAGCUAGUUCUCAAAAAAUGCCUAGUUCUGGUCAGUGUGAAAGACAGCCGACUCUGAUAACCUGCAUACAGAAAUGUAUUUGACAAAUUGAAUUCUAUUCAAGUCCUGUGGCCACAGAUUCUGCAAGUGCUUACUUGAUUAUCUUAGAUGUCUUGAAACAAAAGUGUCUUAAGUGUUUGCAGGACUCCAUUCAUCACUCACGUAUCUGACUGCUUUCCGGUGGUGUAUUAGGUCUUGUGAAUAUAAACCUGUGCUUUUUUUAGGACAAAAAAAAGGUGAUUUUUUUUUUUUUUCGUCUUGUAAGUCAGCCAGCUGUUGGCCUGUGUGUUUUGAAAACAGAGCAGUGAACCAAGCUCUUGUAACAGCAGGAGGUGGUAGUUCUCUUAUCCUUCAGGAAUCUGCAGAAGAGGGAGUGCCCUGCCCGCCACAGCUGUCACCAGUUAAACUGCCAAGGCUGGACUGCUUUGUGGUGCUGUAACAGCUGCUUUAAAGAUCCCCCGCAGUGCAACUCUGGUUGCAACUUCCAUAUUUGCCUCGGAAGUUGCUACGCUGCAUCUUUGCCCAAUCUCCUCCUCUUUCAGCUGGCAACGUGCACUUCCCAGUCCUCUUCAGUAUUGGAACUGAGAUCAUGUAGACAGCUGGCAUAAUUUUUAAAGAUAUUGUUUACUUGUUUGAUGGCUUCUUAUGCUGAAUUCUAAGGUGGCAAUCAGUAGGUUUUUUGUGUGUGGGUUUGGUUUUUUUUCUUUCUUCAGCAGUAGGGAGAAGGGAGUGGCCAAAAUGUGAAUUUAUUCUUUCAUUAAACUAAUUCUGCCUCGGUAUGCUAUCUUUCACCCAACCCAUUUACCUUCUUGCCAGUAAAAUGUUGUGGUCAAGUAUAUUUCAAAAUUGCUGCCCUUGCAGGUUAAGAAAUUUUGCUAGGGCCAGUCCCAGACUUCCAGUAAGGCAAAGAGAAGCUGGCCACAGUCUGGGUGUGGGAGUUGAGUGCAUCCUGUGCUUCACUACAAAACAGAGAAGAACUUGUAUUAGAAGCUGCUGUUUGUGUGUUCUGGUCCUAUUUCAUAUUGAACGUUUCAACUUAAAUGACAAAUCAAACAAAAAGGUCACACUGAAUCAUAGUUUUUAAAGACGCUGUACUUCCCAGGAGCUGUCACAAGACAGCUGUCUUGAUUUAAUGUGUCUUUCUGAAUGAGUCCUCUGAGCGAAAUCCAGCAUUGCACCCAGCUGCCCAUUCGUAGUUAAAUUUCUAUGACACCAGCUGGAUAUUUGUGUUUUGGCUACUUGUUAAAUGCUGUUAGUGUUUCGGUGAUCAAAAAUUCCAAGUAGGUUUAUCAUUUCAUGAUGAAAAAUGAGAAAAUAAUUUUUUUAAUAAUCCCUUGUCUGUUUGUUUGGUAUUUAUGUCUUUCUUUUUCCUUUUUUUUUU